AUGUCGCUAUAUCCGGUCGGCAUCCGCUUCCCUCGUGGUUCUCCUCACCUGGCCUGCCUUUUUCGUUCUGCUCUGCUCCGGACAUGCUGGUGUGGCUGCACAGCCUCGAUGCACCAAAACCUUCCGCACCUCUUCAACGCCAUGCUCGCUUACCGGCAGUCCUUGUGGCCUCACUUGGAGUACGAGCGUUCCCCUGGUUGGGUUGCCGUUAAUACCCAGCAGGAUGGACGGGAUGCGGCUGCUCUCUGCAGCCAUGUGCUUCUCACACUGGGCUUGUUUUUCCGGCAGCCU